UAUUUUUAGCUGUCAAAGAAAAAUCAACAACACAAAUAAACAAAGCAAGUUUGUAUGAUUCAGUGGAACAUUUGCUGGAUAUUUCGAUCUGGGUCUUGUAGUUUUAUUCCAAAAGCUCAGCAAUGGCAUCCGCAUCGAGCAGCAGUGCAAAAAAUCUGUUCAGUGAUUCGAAGCGACGGCUAGCGGAUCGUGUGGCCGUGAACGUGAACAACGCCUCGUCAGUAGCUCGCCAAAUUGUGCGUGGAUCAAAAUCGAACGAAAUUCUAAUGCAAGCCGCGAAAAAUUUUGCCUACCAUGAAAGCACGGUCGACAACAGCAUACAGAACCUAAAGAAAAUGGAGAUUAUUUUCCAGCAUCUGAACUACCAGUACGAAGCUAUCGAACAAGCGGCUGAAAAGUUGGAAUACGUUGAAGAACAAGUGAAAGCCAUGGAAAGGUGAUAAAGUGUAAGUUGUGUUGCUUAAAUUGCUUUAGAAAGGUGUUGGCCAUAAGCGAUUAGAACAACAAACCACAGCAGACCUACCUUGUUAAAAAGUAUAAACAAGCUAUUAGUUAUCGCAUGGCAAGGUCAUAGUGCGACGUAAAUAGCACACAGCUUAACCUUAUCGCAUAGAAAUAGUCUUUUUACGACAGUGUAAUGUGCGUUUAUGAGCCAAAGUAACAAAACAUACCGUAAAAAUAGGAUUUGUGGAUAACAUCAAGAGCUUGUUAAUCGCUUUUAAUGAGAUUGUCGCCUGCGAACGGUCAAAAAUUACCCGUUUGAACCUUUGACAGCGUGGGGCGAAAAUGAGAGCGAAAAGGAAAUUUUGGCGAAGUAGGGCGAAAAUGAGUGCGCCAAAAAUAAACAUAGUUAGCGUUUGUUUACGUUUGUGUUGAGAUCACUUCCUUUCGCUAUUCACGCGGCUUAAAUCAUUACGAUGUGUUACAUUUACGCUUAGUUUAACAAUAAAAGCUUCCUGUAAAGUUCAAACAGUGCAA